UGGACUGGGACCUGAGCAGACUGCAGCGGCAAUGCAAAGUGAUGGAGGGUGAAAGGCGGACCUACAGAAAGGAAGUCCACCAGCGCAUCAACAAGCAACUUGAGGAGAUCCAGCGCCUGGAGGGGGUGCGGGACAAACUGCAGGUCCAGAUCAGCAUUGCCCAGAGCCAGGCCAAGCGGCUGCAGGACAGCAAGAGGCUGGAAAAUAUGGAUCACCUGCUCAAGUGCCAGGUCCAGGCACAGGCUGAGGUCAAGGAGCUGCAGGAGCAGACCAGAGCCCUGGACAGGCAGAUCCAGGAAUGGGGGAGCCGGAUCUUUGCCCAUGGUAAGGAUGUCAAGGCCCCGGGAUGCAUCCUGGAUCAGAAGGUCAAGAGCCAGCGAAGGAUCAAGAUCCUUGAAGACCAGCUGAACAGGGCCACCUGUCGCUUUGACAUCCAGCUGGUUCGGAAUGCAGCCUUGAGGAAGGAGCUGGAUCUCCUGCAGGUCGAGAGGAACCGCUCUCUGAAUGUGGACCGCAAGCUGCAGAAGGAGAUCCAGCUCAUGCGGGACACGGUCAAGACCCUAAUGGUCUCCUCCACCUCUGCCUACACCAUCAGGGAGGAGGCGAAGACCAAGUUAGGCAUGCUGCGGGAGAGGGCAGAGAAGGAGUUGGCCCAGAACGACACGGAGGUGCAGAUCUUGCAGCGGCAGAUCGCGCACUUGGAGCAGCUGCACCGCUUCCUCAAACUCAAGAACGGCGAUCGGCAGACGGAUCCCGCCGUCGUGGAGAAGCGCGAGCAACGGGCCCGGGAGGUGGCCGAAGGUCUCCGGAAGACCUCCCAGGAGAAGCUGGUGCUGCGCUACGAGGACGCCCUGAAGAAACUGUCCCAGCUGACCGGGGAGAGCGACCCGGACUUGCUGGUGGAGAAAUACCUGGAGUUGGAGGAGCGGAACUUCGCCGAGUUCAAUUUCAUCAAUGAGCAGAACUCAGAGCUGGAGCAUCUGCAGGAGGAGAUCAAGGAGAUGCAGGAGGCCUUGGUGAGCGGGCGCCGCAGCGAGGAGGACCGCCGCUCGCGGCAGGAGCAGCAGCGAGCCAAGUUGCAGCAGCGCGUGGACGAGGUGCACACGGAGGCCGAGAACCUGGAGGCCCGCUUCCAGAACUUUCACGGGCAGCUGGAGAAACUCAAGACCGAUAUCCAGCGCCUCUUCACCAGGGCCCAGUGUGAUAGCACGGCCAUCAGUGACCUCCUAGGGGUCAAGAUCCACAUGAGAGACCAGGACAUAGGCCUCUUCCUGGGCCUCAUCGAGAAGCGGCUGGUGGAGCUCCUGACGGUGCAGGCCUUCCUCGAAACCCAGAACAACCUCUCUGCCAGCUCGCCUAACGCUGCCCUCCUGGUGCUGGGCCAGAGCCCCGAGAAUCUUCCCAAGAAAGUGGCCCCACCUCAGCCCCCUGACAAUCUUGAGGAACCCCCAGGCUCUGAGGCCAGCUGCGACUAUCCGCUGAGCAAGGAGGAGCUGCUGAGCCGCGUGGUGCAGUCGCUGGAGGCCCGGGAGCAGGCGAGGGGGAGACAGCUGAAGGAGCUGGCCGAGCCCGUCAAGAAGGUGGACAGCACCCCGAGCGCGACCCUCUCCAGCACCCAGGCCAGCUCCGGCCUGCGCCUGCUGCCCGAGAGCCCCAGCGCUGUCCCCGGCUCCCUCGUGAGCCCCAGGACCGGCGGCAGCCCGGCGUCCAGCGGAGGCCGCGCCACCUCUGGGGACCCCAGCUCCAGCGUAGGCCACCCGACCUUCGGCUCCACCGGCGCAGUCACCGGGGGACUUAUGUCCAGCCAGGGCUCGACUGUGGCCCAAGUGAUCGUCAGAUCCCCCAACUCUAGCGGCUACCUGGGGUCCACUGAAUACUUGGGGUCCAGCAGAGGCCCCGAGAGCUUUGGGGGCCCGGAGAGCAAAGGCCCUGAGUCAGAAUCGAGUGGAGGCCUCGAGUCCAGCGGAGGCCGAGUCUCAAGCACUGGCCCUGCCUCUAGCACCGGCCGGGUCUCCACCACCAGCAAAGAUUCCCAGAGCAACUGCUAGGGGCACCCAGCCCCCACCCGGCCCCUGGCUCCUUGCAGGGCCUUCUCUGGGUCUCUGCCUCUCAGUUUCCCCUAUGACUCUCCAUCCUUCUCACCCAGCUCUGGAUGAACCGCCUGCACGCCUGUCUGCAUCUCCCCCUCACUGCGUCUCUGCAUCUCUUCCCACCAGCUCCCCCUCA